AUGAAAAAAAUUUUAUUAACCCUCCUAUUUGUUAGCGUUUGUCUAUGUUAAGAGGGUACAAAAUAUAUGUAUUGAAAGAAUCGCUAAUUUAACUCGAAAAUGGUGUAAGCUUGACCAAUUUAAAUAAGCUAAUGACUAUGGACUAUAAUUAGUUAGAUUGCUAAACAAAUUUAUUAUAGAUGAGCCACUAAUUAAAAAUGUGGGCUGAGCUUUAUUAAGAUGAAAAGGUUAUACAUCAUGAAAUAAGGUUAUUGAGUACAGCACAUAAAACACUUAAUUAAUAAAGAUUUAAUAGAUAGAGAAAUUCAAGUAAAAAGAUUUUUAAUUAUAGAUACUUUACAUAGAGCAAAAAGAAUACUGGCUGCUUUAAGACACAAUACACAUAAGAAAUAGCAUACAAUUUAUUAAUAAUGGAGAGUGAAUGAGAUCAAUUAAUUAAAGCAUUCAAUUUAAUUAUUAUAAACAGCAACAAGUAAAUAAUAAAUGAAGAAUUCUUUUAGGUGAGGAAGAGAGUAAAUAAUGUUGUGAUAGAAUUGAAUAAAUGGUUAACAAAUUUUUAGAUGAGAGAAAACAUAUAGCUAAAUAAUGUGGAAAUGCUGAUGUAAUUAAAAUAUUUAGGUUAGGUCACUAUAAAUAUUAUUAAUGAUGCUGAAGGCAAAAUAUAAGUGAUAAAUAAAAAGUGUAAGGAAAAUGAUCCUGAUGUGAAAGUGAAUAGAGUUGAUUCAUUAGAAAAAGUCAUAGUUGAAUAAUAAUAAUAAUAAUAAAGAAAGGAAGAAUAAGUGAUAGUUGGAUAAUCACAAUAAUAGAAAAAGGAAGAACGUAAUGAAAAAAGUGAGACAGUUACAAAGACUGUGACUUAAGAAACAGUAGAGGAAUCAUAAGAAGAAACUGUAAUUGAAGAAACAGUCACAAAGACAACUUCUAGUAAAGUUGUUGAGAUACCAGAUGAUGAUGAUGAUGAUGUUUAGGAAGGAGAAUUAGUUUCAACAUAAGGAAUUGGAGCUAGUGGUGAAGGUGGUAGAACAUGAUUAAGUUAAUAAUAACAAUA